GGGCUCACCUUCUCUCGCUCCCUGGGCACCGCUCACCCAGCUGGCUCCUGGGGACUUGCUCUGAGUGUCACAGGAGGCCCUCUCUCCCGGGAGUCUCUUGGCCUCGAUGGCCGAGUCAGCUUGUCUCUUGAGAGUGUGCUCUUGUGGUUCCUUCUUCCCCUGCCCGCGGCCCCGCCCCACACCUGCCCACACCAGGGCGCCGGAAAUGGCAGGAUGGGAGCCACGUGGCCUCCACCACCAAGCACUGAGGCCACUGAUGGCUCCACAUGGGGUCGGCACUGGGUGCGGGUCCCCUGGACUGAGCUUUGGGUGCAUGGAGCCGGUCUUUGCGCCGUGUGGGGCGCACGCCUGGGGCCGGAAAGGCCUCUCCGAGACCCCUGUGGCGCUAGGACUGCAGACGUGGUGUCCCAUCUCCCUCCUGACGUCUGAGAGCGCCUCCCUCUGGGCCCUGCCCUGGGCGGCUCCCCAGGCUCCAGUGCAGGGCUGACAGCCAGCACCGCCAACCGGGCAGCGUUUCUGGCGGCCACCUUCAGAAGGGGCCGGAGAAACCGCGCCCCUUCCCCUUGGCUCUCAGCCAAGCGCAGGCAGGACGCGGCCUGCCCCGUGGGGCGUCGCUUCGUGGCUGUCCUAAGACGCCACCACGCGAUGUGUCUGUAAACACGGAGGCACCCCUGAAGCCCACCCACAUCCUCAUCGCCCCAGGCCCCUGCCGCUGUCCUGCGUGCCCAUUCGCCUGCCCUGCUGGCACUUUGUGAGGACGUGGAAAGGUACGUGGCUGGGGCAGGCACCUCCCAGGCAGGGGCAGGACCAGAGAAGAGGCGCUGAGUGCCGGGGCCGGCACGACCCACUCAGGGGACGCUUGCGGGGGGCUCUGGGCUCUGUGAUCCGUAGACCCCAGGAAAGCAGGUCUGGAAACCCCCAGGAGCCAGAGCCCGAGGCGAGCUGGAAGAUUCCAGACCCUGGGGCAGCUCGUCCACCGCAGACUCAUGUCUGAGCAUCCAGCAGCUCUUAGAGAACAUUGCUGUCACUCAGAGAGCAUCGUGGUUGCUAUGGAAAUGUCACUUCACGGGGACAACAGUGCUCUGUCUGGCGGCUCCCGGAGGCCCAGCACGGGGUGCUCGGUGCUGUCCUCACCCCACCUUGCUUCUUCCACGCUGUCCCCGUCCCCUCUGCCCCCGCCCUGGGUGGUGCCGCCACAGUGCUCUCCCGUCCGAAAGGGACAUUUACCCCCUCCCUCUGUCCCCCCUCCCUGGCCUUGGGUCCUGGUCAAAGGACUCACCGUGAAAGCCGACAAUGCAGUGUAUACGGGCGGUGGGUCCCCUCCGAGGCUGCCUGUUUCCGUGGGUCCCCCUGGCUUGCGCCCAGGCCAGAACACCUCCUCUAGGUGCCCCUCGAGGGGCUAAGCCCCCGACAGGGAAGGGGAGGCAGGAGGCCCCUGCCUCCUGUCCCGCCUUCCAGUCUCUGCUCUCACUUGUCCUGUGCCAACCCCCCUCGGUCCUCCACCCGCGGCGCCUCCCACUUCAGCCCCGGCUGCUCUGCCUGCCGUGCACGUCCCGGGAGAACGUCUGCGCAGGACUCUGCCCCUGAGCUGUGGGUGGCCCAACCCAGAAGGGGCACCUGGGCCUUGGGGGUCCAGUCUUGGAGGUGCUGGAAAUGCUGUGGUUCCCGGUGGGCCUGGGCCUGCAGAGGAGAGGCCUCAACAAGACCUGAGCCAACUCCCCGUAGAUGGAGGGGUCGGCCCUCCGUUCCUGUGGCCAGGCUUCUUGGGGCCAAGGAGCUGGGACAGAUACACUCACAGGUGAGCAUGAGGGGUGUGGGCCUGGGGGCGGCAUGGCCCGGGUGCAUAAGGAGGCCACAUGUGUGGUGGUGGCUCUGCCUUCUACAGUGUGGCCAGAAGAGGGCCCCCGGGCCCUGCAAGGCUGCACGGACCACCCAGAGGCUGCAGGGCCAGGAUGCUGGGUGUUCAUUGGGCGGCAGAGGGCCCCAGGGCUGGGCUGGCUCAGGGUACGGCCUCCUUCCGGCUGGAGCCCUGUUGGCACUUUGGGCUGGGCCCUGAUGGCAACUCCCUCCUGCUCCCGGGACCGGGCGGCCACUCUAAGCCACUCCCCAGGUACAGCGCGUGGCUGUGCCAGGAGGAUCCCGGGGGCCUGCAGGGUCAUCCUCCCCACUGCCACCCUAUUGGGCUCACGGUUUUCUGCCAGGGGCUGCAGCUCACCGUGCCGCCCACCCUGUGACACCACAGUCCCUGGGGUCCCAACAGCCCAUGCACAUCUGGGGCGAGGCCGGCACCCUCCGCUACCCUCCUCCUCUCACUUCUCCCAAACCUCCACACGGUCAUGGGCACGCGCUCCCCUGUGCGGGCCACGCUUGGGCCGGGAUGCGGCCGGGCUGGCACCUGGGCCCUCAGCAGGCCGCCCUCUGGCCGCUGCCCUGGGGUCUCCUCGAGGGGGCAGCACACAUCCUCCCCUGCAGAGAGACCCCCUUAGCUGCCGAGGCCACACAGAGACCGCAGGUGGUGGUGGCAGGCGUGACUGUCCCCACGCUGGGGGCUUGUCCCUAGUGCCUGGGCCCGUUCUGUGCCCUGCGGAGACCAGACAGGACCAGCAUGCCAUGCUGCCUGGACCCCUGAGGCCUCAUUCUGAACAUGUCUGACCCUCGUCCAGCCCCAGGAGGCCCCUGGAGUGUGCCCUGGCGUGGGGGCCAACGUCCGUCCCACAAAGGCAGACCUUACCUUGAGCCAGGCCUUGGCGCCUCAUCUAUCAGACACAAGGUCCCAGCUCAGAAGGCCUCAUGGAGGCUGGGGAAGGUGCCCGGGCCACCGCCGUAGGCAACAUGCAGGAGGCAGCGUCCUUGGACCUGAGCUCCAUCCAGGUCCCCACCCCUGGGGUCCCUCGCCUGCCUGGAGCUGACCACGCCAGCCUCCGAGGUCUGAGAGGGCGGGAGAGGUGCCCACCCCCACCCUUCCUGUGUGCAGGACUCUGUUUACCCGUAUGUGGAGCCAGAGGGCCCCUGGGGCUCUGACCCCCAGGCAGGCUCCUCUCCCCCAGCCGGGGGCAUCCUUUCAUCGCUUUGCAGCAAGCCCCUCCGAGGAGUCCCCAGGGCGCAGAGACCCCCAUACUGCAGGUGGGGGGGACAGAGGAGAAGGCAGAGGCACCAGGUCUGCCCUCCCCCCGCUGGUGCAGGUCCCAGAGCAGCAGCCCACGGGCCCCGGUCAGCGCUCAGCUGGACACACUCCUGCCUCCCCAGCUGUGCCUCCUGAGACGCGUCCGCCUCUCGGCCGCUGU